AUGCGAGCACAGGGUGAGCGGGGACCCCAUGCACAGGGAGCUCUGUGUGGGCAGGCGCUGGGUUUUGGGCCUCCUGGGGCUGCAGGGCAGCCCCUCGUUUGCCCCCAGCGAGGCCGUGCCUGUGAGUGGUUCGGCUCCCUGGCGGGACUGCUGGGGCCUCUGACAUGCGACACGUCGGCCGCGUCCCGCUGGUGGGCAGUGACCUGCCUCGGCCACCUGCUCCGAACAGGAGCCGAGAACACAGACGUGGCGCCCUGGACCAACGAGAUCGGGCGCCUGCGUGAGAGGCUCAGUGCCGUCACCUCUGAGUCUCUGCUGGCCACCUCCACCAACAUCGCGAAGCUCGUUUGCAAAUAUUUCCCCCGAGGCCAGGCCUCAGGCUUCAUGAGCAGCAUUGUGGAGAGCCUGCUGUGCACCAGGCCCGUGUGCGCGUGGGCCGCUGAGCGGUGGACGCUCACCUUCCUGGGGGAUUGCGGAGAGCAAAUAUUCCAGGAGGAGGUGCCCAAACUCGUGCACCUCCUUUACACCUGCCUGCGGAGCACCCGGCAGAGCGCUCGCAGGUGCUUUGUGCUGCGGGCCGUGUUCCUCCUGGCCCACUCUCACCCACAGCCGGUGCUCGACAGCCUCCUCCAGGCGUGCCUGCCCACAGACAGCGACAUGGUGGAGGUGUGGAGGAGCCUGGGGAGAAGCGUCCUGGGGUGCCAAAUCCUGGUGUGCUUAACUGAAAAGUUAAGGGCAGCGGGAAAGAGCAGCCACAGGAGCGAGUGCUGCACUCGGGAGCUGGGCAGCAGCCAGGCUGCCCUGGAGCCUCGCACGGUACGGUCAGCGGCCCAGGCAUUAGUGCCACUCCACAUCUGCUUUCCAGCUCGUGCUUCUGCACAAGGGAGUUUUGUGCCCUUUGCGAGUGCCCGUGGAGCCUCGCAGGGUGCUGUGCCGGGGUGGCGACAGCGUUAG